CCACAAAUUUAAUCCCAGAGUUUUCCGGUGGGCUCAGACUAUGAGACUGGCAGUGGAGGAGAUAAACCAGAAUCCAGUGCUGUUGCCGAAUCACACACUGGGCUACAGAAUCUUUGAUUCAUGUGCACAUCCACUGACAGGAAAGAGAGCUGUUUUAUCGAUGCUGAAUGGAGUGAGUGAGGAAAACUCUUCUAUGUGCACAAAUGCCUCAUCAAUCCUUGCUGUGAUUGGGGCUUCUGGAUCCGCUCAGUCUAUUGUUGUGUCAAGAAUCCUGCAAACAUUCAGGAUCCCCAUGAUCAGCUACGCUUCUUCAUGUGCAUGUUUGUCAGACAGACAAAAAUAUCCAACCUUCUUCAGAGUAAUUCCUAGUGAUGACUACCAGGUGAAAGCCAUUGCACAGCUGCUGGUUCACUUUAACUGGACUUGGGUGGGGCUGCUGCGAGGAGACCAUGAUUAUGGCCGCUUUGCUGCAAAAGGUUUAUUGAGAGAAUUACAGGACACCAAAGUAUGUGUAGCUUACCAAGAAAUUAUUCCUCUGCUCUACACUCGCCAGAUGGGACUAAGGAUCAUGAAGGUGAUGCGUAGCUCUACUGCAAAAGUGGUGGUGGUAUUUUUAGGCGAUUUGUUGAUGACACCUUUCAUGAGAGACUACAUGACUCAGAACAUCACUGGAAUCCAGUGGGUGGCGAGUGAAGCCUUGGUCAUGUCCUCAGUCCUUUCAGGGAAAGAGUAUUACCCUUACAUGGGAGGAACCAUUGGGUUUGGCAUCAGAAAAGGUCAUAUCUCCAGACUGGGUGACUUCCUGCAGACAGUAAACCCUAAGAGAUAUCCUGACAAUGUGCUGGUGCGUGAGCUGUGGGAGUCUCUGUAUGGUUGCAGUCCUCUUCCAUCCUCGGUCACCCAGACGCCGCCUUGCUCAGGGCAGGAGUCUCUGCUGGAACAGCACUCAGCCUACAUGAAUACAUCGAGCCCUAGUAUCACCUAUAAUGUCUAUAAGGCUGUAUAUGCCAUUGCUCAUUCCCUGCACAAGCUCCUUCUCUGUCAGCCAGGGAGGGGGCCUUUCCAGAACAACUCAUGUGCUCAGAGCAACAACAUACACCCUUGGCAGCUGCAACACUACCUCCAGGAAGUGAACUUUCAGAUUGGUGAUGAGGAGGUGGACUUUGAUGCCAAGGGCAACUCUGUACCCUAUUAUGAUAUCAUCAACUGGCAGAGAGGCACAGAAGGAAACAUUGAAUUUGUCAAUGUAGGUUUGUUUAAUGGAACCAAGGCUGUUGGAGAGGAGCUGUUGAUCCAGGAGGACAGGAUAAUGUGGGCAGGACAUCAGAGUGAGGUGCCAGUGUCUGUAUGCAGUGCCAGUUGUCUUCCAGGCUCCCGGAAGGCUGUCCGUCGUGGGGAGCCUAUCUACUGCUUUGACUGUCUACCAUGUGACAGUGGUAAAAUUAGCAAUCAGACAAACUCAGUAGAUUGUGCAACUUGUCCUGAGGACUUCUGGUCAAACAACGACAGAACAGCCUGCAUCUCCAAGAAAGUGGAGUACUUGACCUUCGAUUCAUUGGGAAUAGCCCUGACAGUGAUGUCUGUGGUGGGUGCCUGCUUCACUCUGGCUGUCUGUGGAGUCUUCUUCUGUUACAGACACACAGCCAUCGUCCGUGUGAAUAACUCUGAGCUCAGUUUCUUCAUACUGUUUGCGCUGACUCUAUGUUUCCUGUGUUCUCUGCUUUUCAUUGGAAAGCCAACAUAUUGGUCCUGCAUGCUGCGCCACACUGCCUUUAGCAUCACAUUUUCACUGUGUAUUUCCUGCAUCCUGGGGAAGACCCUGGUGGUACUGGCUGCAUUCACUGCCACCAGGCCAGGGCACAACAUUAUGAAGUGGCUGGGGCCAAAGCAGCAGAGGACCAUUAUCUCCAGCUGUACUCUGGUUCAGGUGGUUAUCUGUGCUGCCUGGCUCAUUGAUUCUCCCCCAUUUCCAUCCAGAAAUACACAAUAUGAACAUUCAAAGAUCAUACUGGAGUGUAGUGUGGGCUCUAGCCUGGCUUUCUGGUGUGUUCUUGGAUAUAUUGGUCUACAGGCCUGUCUGUGCUUUGUAUUGGCUUUUCUGGCUCGAAAGUUGCCAGGAAACUUCAAUGAGGCCAAGUUCAUCACAUUCAGCAUGCUGAUUUUCUGUGCUGUGUGGCUAGCAUUCAUCCCUGCUUAUAUCAGCUCCCCUGGAAAUUAUGCAGAUGCAGUUGAGUCAUUUGCCAUCUUGGGCUCCAGCUUUGGCUUAUUGUUCUGCCUGUUUGCUCCAAAGAGUUACAUUAUUUUACUGAAGCCUGAAAAGAAUACAAAACAGCACCUGAUGGGGAAGGUGGCGUCUGUUUCUCUGGCCACCACGGUGAUUGAGAGAGAUGAGCUGGGACCGGAGGUGACUAAAUCAAACAGGUCGGCGCCGGUCCCCGUUGACGUUCAUCUCUCGCCGGGCCAGAGAGCAGACGUGGCCUCGUUGCAGCGGCAGUUUGCCGACGUGUUCUCUCCCCUGCCAGGACGCACAAACCUCAUACACCACCACAUAGAGACUUCCCCGGGUGUGACAGUGCGUUCACGACCCUAUCGCCUGCCGGAGCAUAAGAGGAAAACGGUUCAGGCAGAACUUCAGGCUAUGUUAGAGAUGGGAGUAAUAGAAGAGUCCAACAGUGACUGGUGUUGCCCCAUUGUUCUUGUUCGCAAGUCUGAUGGGUCAAUACGGUUCUGUGUGGACUACCGUAGAGUCAACGAGGUGUCCAAGUUCAAUGCCUAUCCAAUGCCCCGGGUCGACGAACUCCUGGAUCGGCUGGGCACGGCUCGCUUUUUUACGACACUGGAUUUGACCAAGGGCUACUGGCAGAUUCCCUUGUCGCUAGAGUCCAGGGGAAAAACGGCCUUCUCCACUCCGUAUGGUUUGUACCAAUUUGUCACGCUUCCAUUUGGGUUGUUCGGGGCCCCAGCCACGUUCCAGCGCCUCAUGGACCGGGUGCUGCGGCCUCACUCUGCAUAUGCUGCGGCCUACUUGGAUGAUGUCAUCAUUCAUAGUGAGACCUGGGAGCAGCAUAUGCAGCAGGUGGGAGCAGUGCUGGAGUCCCUGAGGAGGGCGGGGCUCACGGCCAAUCCAGGGAAGUGUGCAGUUGGACGGAGGGAGGUACGGUAUUUGGGGUACCACUUGGGGGGAGGGCAGGUGCGGCCACAGAUACAAAAGACCGCAGCGGUUGCAGCCUGCCCAAGACCCAAGACCAAAAAAGAGGUUAGGAGGUUUCUGGGGCUGGCCGGUUACUAUAGGAGGUUCAUUCCGGCCUUCUCGGAGCUGACCAGCCCCCUAACCGACCUGACCCGAAAAGGUGCCUCAGAUCCGGUCCAGUGGACGGAGCCGUGUCAGCUGGCGUUUGAGAGGGUUAAGCAAGCCCUCUGUGGGGAGCCACUUUUGUACACACCUAACUUUUCUCUCCCUUUCAUCCUGCAGACCGACGCCUCGAACAGCGGGCUGGGGGCCGUUUUGUCCCAGGAGGUGGAGGGGGUCGACCGCCCCGUACUGUACAUUAGCCGGAAGCUAGCUCAGCGGGAGGUGAGCUACAGUACGGUGGAGAAAGAGUGUCUCGCCAUACGGUGGGCGGUCGGUGCCCUCCGCUACUAUCUCCUGGGGCGCCCAUUCACCCUCUGGUCGGACCAUGCCCCGCUCCAAUGGCUCCACCGCAUGAAAGAUGCCAACGCGCGGAUCACUCGCUGGUAUCUGGCUUUACAGCCUUUCCGGUUCAAGGUGAUCCAUAGGCCGGGGAACCGCAUGGCCGUGGCCGACUUUCUCUCCCGCUCUGCGGAGGGGGGGGGGAGUGGGCUUGCGGCCGGCGAGGUCCCGGCCUAA